UAUUUUUUUUGAUACAUAACCUUAAAUGUUGACUAGCGAUAAUGAAUUUGGACUUUUAAAUGCACUGCUUUAAAAUAUUAAUGUUUUUAAUCGAUUAAUUGUUGUACUGUUCGUGUAAAAUGACUACGUUUUGUGUAUCCCAAGAGGGCCCAGUAAAUGCCCUGGCCCUAAAUCGUGAUAAUAACCAGGUUGCUAUAGGUGGAAGAAAUGUUUUUAAGGUCUAUCAAAUCGAAGACGAUAAGUUCCGUGAAGUGUGCAAUUUGAGGAAUUCCAAGCAUUUAAAUUCUGGCUUUUCUUGUAAUGAUGUCGCCUGGAGCCUUACCGAUGAUCAUUAUUUGGCGACAGCAGCUACAAACGGACAUGUUUGUGUUUGGAAUCUUUCAAAAACCGGGCGUCCCACCCAAGAACAGGACUACCAAGACCACAAACGGACAGUUAAUAAAGUUAAUUUUCAUGCUACGGAGCCGUUUAAGUUGAUUUCGGGCUCACAGGAUGGUACCAUGCGAUAUUUUGAUAUCAGAGUGCCUGCUGCAGUUACAAUAUUUCAAAGUAACACAGAAAGUAUCAGGGACGUCCAGUUCAGUCCGCACAAUGCCUACAUGUUUUGUGCGGUCUCCGACAACGGUAGCGUUCAACUGUGGGAUGUGCGCAAGCCCGAAAAGUUCCAGCAACAGUUCACAGCGCACAGUGGUCCGGUUUUUGCCUGCGAUUGGCAUCCGGAAUCACCGUGGCUGGCUACAUCGAGCAGGGACAAAACUAUUAAGGUGUGGGAUUUGACAGCUAAACCAACCCUAGAAUACACCAUACACACCAUAGCUUCAAUUGGUCACGUUAAAUGGAGGCCUCAGUAUAAGUUCCACAUAGCCAGUUGCGCACUGGUCAUAGACUGCAGUAUAAACGUGUGGGAUAUUAGGAGACCUUAUAUUCCUUUUGCGUCGUUUACCGAGCAUAAGGAUAUUGCCAGUGGCGUGGUAUGGAAGGGGGAUCCCAAUGUGUUCCUCAGCAGUGGCAGGGACUCAACAUUAUACCAUCACUCAUUCAGCGACGGGCAAAGACCCGCAAGCAAAGCAAACCCCCAAGGCGUCUCACUCAACAACAGAGGAGAGGUGAUCUACUCGAGAAAAAUAAACUACGUCAUGUCAAACAGCAACAGCUGCUCACAAAACUCGCUCAGCAAAGCCGUAGGCUUAAUGAGGAAAACCUCAACUACCCAGGCGGUGGAUAACUUCCAUCAAGCUUCCAGCUGUAUCUACGCUUUCAGGCCAACGAAUUCCGAGACUGAGGAGUCCUCGGUGUUUCUGGAUCUGGCUAAGAACUACGUGCUGUGCGGUAGGACGGUAUCCGAGUUAUGUGAAAGGAAUUCGGCCAUAGCUAAGCAGUUCGGGAAGCACGACGUGGCUCUGACGUGGAAGAUUAUGGGUACUAUGUAUGGGGAGGAGUUUGUGCAGCAUUUGAACGCUAGCAGCACCGCUUUGGAGGAGAGUACCGGUGCUCCGGUGAACGCCGAAGAACAAGCGCCAGACACGCCAGCGGCGGCGCAGUUCAGUGGCGGAGACGAGGAAACAGAGAACGAGGAUCAAGUGGACAACGCCUUCCCCAACUACCUGAAUGUACGCGACGGUUGCCUACCCAGAGGAGACUUCUUCUUUGGAGAGAACGAGUUAGAUGUUGAAUUGGACGGGGCUCCAAUGUUUAUGGAUUAUUACCAAUAUGGACGGUUCAAUCCCGUCGAAUACAAUGAGAUCGAUUGGACCUUGCCUAUAGAAGCCUUUGAUAUCAGACACGAGAUCUUGGACAGGUCCCCACCUCCCGAACAUUUCCCUCACCAUUCACCAGAUAUCCGUGAAGAUUCUUCACAAACAGUACUUCAGGUUGAAGAACCUCAGCCAGGGAUGCUCACGGUCGGUACUCCGUCAAAAAAAUUGAUGUGGGACCCCAGUUCGAUUGUUGUUGACACUUUACAGUAUUACUCUGCCCUAGGAGACGUACAAACAACGGCUACAAUCCUGAUAGUAUUGGGCGAUAGCAGAAAGUAUUUAACAGGGCUUAGCGAAGCUCUACAAGAACACUGGUUACUCGGCUACAUCGACCUCCUCAGCCGAUACAAGAUGUGGAACACUUCAACGCAAGUAAUUAAGCUAUCAUGGUUGCCCUCAGUCAGUCAGUUGAACCAGCAGAGCACUACCAUCAACACUAACUGCGGGAAGUGUUUGAAGCCUUUACAGAGAGCCGGAUGGUUGUGUGACAGGUGUCAUACGUCAGAAUACGGGUUGUGUAGCGUGUGCAACCAAGUCGUUAAAGGUACUUACGUGUGGUGUCAGGGCUGUUCUCAUGGCGGUCAUAUUUUUCACAUGAGGAAUUGGAUGUCAGACAAAACCACUUGUGCGACGGGCUGUGGACACGUGUGCGAGUACAACUGAUAUACGAGAAGAUCCAGUGACGUAGUGCCUUGACAGGUGCCCUGAAAAAUGACGCGGCCCACCUAAAAGCGACGCGAUAAACGAUUUUUAUGGUUUCUCUUGCCGCCAAAUGUUCCUUUACAACCCCAAAGACUGCCACUGUAUAGGUAGAGAGACAAAUCGAGACGAAACCUGCAUUUUUAGGUGAAAUAAGCAACAUUUCGGAUUUUUUGUACAAUCUGGCAACGCCGAUUCCAGUCCGCAAGACAAAUCAUGCAUUUUUACGUAAAAUACCGAAAAUUUUGGAUAUUUUCCACUAUCUGACAACGUCGAUUUGUCGAACGGUAUUGUCAUAUUGUGCAAAAAUUCUUAAAAAUCCUGAAUCUACCGCGGUAUAGAUGUAGAAGGAACUGACAGAUCAUGCAUUUUUACGUAAAAUAUCCAAAAUUUAGGAUAUUUUUCACAAUCUGGCAACGUCGAUUUGUCGAACGGUAUUGCCAUUUUGUGCACAAAUACCUAAAAAUCCUGAAUCUACCGCGGUAUAGAUCUAGAAGGAACUCUAGACAGAUCCUGCAUUUUUAUGUAAAACACCCAAAAUUUAGGAUAUUUUUCACAAUCUGGCAACGUCGAUUCGUCGAACGGUAUUGCCAUAUUGUGCAAAAAUUACUAAAAAUCCUGAAUCUACCGCGAUAUAGAUGUAGAACGAACUCUAGACAGAUCCUGCAUUUUUAAGUAAAAGACCCGAAAUUUAGGAUAUUUUCCACAAUCUGGCAACACCGAUUCGUCGAACGGUAUUGUCAUAUUGUGCAAAUAUUCCUAAUAAUAUUGAAUCUACCGCGGUAUAGAUGUAGAAGGAACUUUAGAGACGUCUCGAAUCUUGCAUUUUAAUAUAAAAUGCCCAAAAUUUAGGAUAUUUUCCACAAUUUGGCAACGUAGAUUCGUCGAUCCGGGAACUGACAUGGUUAUAGUACAGAGGGGACUCGGGUAAACCCAGCAUUUUUAGGUGAAAUCAAAUUUCAGUAUUUUUACACUACCCGUCAAUGUCGAUACGUCUAACGGCGUUGUCAGAUCGUGUAAGGAUUCCUUAAAAUCCCGAAACUGCCUCGGUAUAGGUACAGAGAUAAAUCUAGACGAAUCCUGCAUUUUUAGGCUAAAUAAACACAUUUCAGUAUUUUUCGUACAUUCUGGCAACGUCGAUUUGUUGUGCGGGGUUGUCACAUAGUGCAAAAAUUCCUAAAAACUCCGAUUUUGUCUCUACAGGACGAGAAUACGGCGGGCGUAUGGA